AUGGUCCCAAAUGAAUCCCAUCAGUACAGCGGGAUUGUCCACUUGCUUCGACAUUUUGGAUGGACAUGGGUAGGCCUAUUUGCUGCAGAUGAUGAUAGUGGAGAACAAUUCUUACAGACCCUGGAAGCAUUGUUUUCCCAGCAUGGAAUCUGUUCAGCAUUCACACUAAGGCUUCCAGCGCAAGCCCACUGGGAUGACCUUGAUGGAAUUAUAAAUAUAUUCUCAAGUAUUCAUAUAUUUUUCAAAGAUUAUGGAACCAAUGUAUGCAUCAUAAAUGGAGAAUCCUUGACUUUAGCAUGGCUGAGAGCAUGUAUAAUUCUGCAAAACCCAGGAAAUGUAGACAUGCCAUCAUUUGUAAAAGUGUGGAUUAUGACUACUCAGAUUGAUUUCUUAGCAACAGGCAUUCAAAGAAACUGGGGUUUUCAGCUCUUCCAAGGCGCCAUUUCUUUCACCAUUCACACAAAAGAGCUUCCAGAAUUUGAGGAAUUUAUUCAGAGCAUAAAACCUGGCUGGAACAAGGAAGAUGGUUUCCUCAAGGAUUUCUGGGCGCAAGCAUUUGACUGUUCAUUUCCAGAUGACAACAUGACAGUGCAAGACAAUGGGACGUGUAGUGGAGAUGAGAGGAUAGAUAGCCUUCCUAGGCAAUUGUUUGAAAUGGACAUGACUGGCCACAGUUACAGUAUCUAUAAUGCUGUCUAUGCCGUUGCUCAUGCUCUGCAUGCAAUUUACUCAACUAGAUCCAAGCACAGAGCAAUGGUGGGUAGCAGAAGAUUUGACCUUCAAGAUAUCCAGCCUUGGCAGCUCCAUUUGAUUCUUAAGAGCAUUUCAUUCAACAACUCGGCUGCAGAAACGAUGUCCUUUAACGGGAAGAAGGAAAUGGGUGGUGGAUUUGAAAUAAUGAACAUGAUCAUAUUCCCAAACACAUCCUUCCAGAGAGUGAAAGUUGGAAGAAUGGAGGAUCUCAAUGCUCUUAAAGGAAAUGGAUUCAUCCUUAAUGAAGAUAUAAUUGUGUGGCACAGAGGUUUCAAACAGAUGCAGCCUGUCUCUGUGUGUAAUGAACAUUGCCACCCUGGUCAACAGAAGAAAAAGAAGGAAGGAGGGAAAUUUUGCUGUUAUGAUUGUGUGCCAUGCCCAGAAGGGAAGAUUUCAAAACAGAAUGAUAUGGUUGACUGCUUCAAAUGCCCAGAAGAUCAAUAUCCAAACAAUUACAGAGAUGGCUGUAUCCUCAAAUCUAGAAACUUCCUUUCUUAUGAGGAACCUUUAGGGAUCAGUUUAGCCUCAGUUGCCCUAGCCUUUUCCCUAAUCACAGCUUUGGUACUAGGAACUUUUAUUAAGCACAAAGAUACUCCCAUUGUCAAAGCCAACAACCGAGGCCUCACCUACACUCUCCUCGUCUCCCUCCUGCUCUGCUUCCUCUCUUCUUUGCUGUUCCUUGGACAACCUGGAAAAGUGACCUGCCUUCUCCGUCAACCCACUUUUGGCAUCAUCUUCUCAGUGGCUGUUUCUUGUGUGUUGGCCAAAACCAUCACCGUGGUUCUUGUUUUCUUAGCCACAAAGCCAGGCUCCAGGUUGAUGAAGUGGGUGGGCAAAGGAUUGGGUCAAGUCAUCGUCCUUUCAUGUUCCCUGAUUCAAGCAAGUAUUUGUAUUGGGUGGCUGGGAACCUCUCCCCCAUUCCCUGAUUUAGACAUGCACUCGGUAGCUGGAGAAAUCAUUGUACAAUGUAAUGAAGGGUCAGUUGCCAUGUUUUAUUGUGUCCUGGGCUAUAUGGGCUUCUUAGCCAUCAUCAGUUUCAUUGUGGCUUUUUUAGCCCGGAAGUUACCUGAUAGUUUUAAUGAGGCCAAAUUCAUUACCUUCAGCAUACUUGCAUUUUGCAGUGUUUGGUUGUCCUUUGUUCCAACAUACCUGAGCUCAAGAGGUAAACAGAUGGUUGCUGUGGAGAUCUUCUCCAUCUUGGCCUCCAGUGCUGGGUUACUGGGUUGCAUAUUUUCCCCUAAAUACUACAUCAUUGUGUUCAGGCCAGAGUUGAACAGCAGAGACCAACUAAUUAGGACAAAGAAUUAA